CUGGGCUAAUAUAGCAAAAAGACAAAAAUUCGUUAAAAUCACAAACAAAAUUAAAUAAAGGAAGGAAAAUGCCUUAGUCAUCUGAUUACUCUUGAACCUCUAAACCUACCCACCCACACUGGUGGCAAAACAAACCUCAAAGAUCAAAAUUUUCUAUUACAACAUAAAAUUACAUUCUCUUCCCAGCCCUACCCUCUAGGACCAGAACACUGGCACAUUUCUGGUUAAGUGCUUCGCUGUAGCAUGCAGAAACCCAAGUUCGAUUCUCACGAGUGGAGAAUUUUUAUUGAUUAUCCUGGUCUUUUUGCAGGAUGUUGUGUAUUCCUCUCAGCCCAGGUUAGCCCUCACAGUUUGAGAAAAAACUAGUCCGAUUAACAUGGCCACUGUGUCCGAACUGACCCCUCUGCAGCAGAGAAAAGUUGCUGCCAUCGUUGGAGCUUGUGUUGCUGAUGCAGCAGCCCAACCUCUUCAUUGGAUUUACAAAGAUGAUGUGAUGGCUGGUCUCAUUGAAGGCAAAGAGGAGAUUGAGUUCCGAGACCCCUCAGCCAAUCCGUUCUAUAGGCUUCCAAAUGGUCGCAACACUACUUAUUUUGAACAAACUUAUGUCCUGCUCAAAUCUCUUGUUGAAUCCAAAGGGUUGAACACUGAUCAACUGAAAAAAGCAACAUACGAGUUUUUCGGACCAAAUUCUGAAUAUGAAAUUCCAAGAACAACCAUGCCUAUUGAGGGCCCCUGGCGGCAUGGUGGCAUCAGAGAUUUUAUAGCUAAUGUGGAUGCUAAGAAAGAGCGCACAGGGUCAGAGACAGAUGAACAGAUUGACAGCGUUGUCAGAGUUAUCCCUCUUGUUGCCCUGUAUGCUGGACAGCCAGACUUCCUGAAAAAAGCUGAAGAGGGCUUGCGGGUUCUACAGGAAUCAAACCUGACCAUAUCCUGUGGCCUAGCAGCAGCGAGAGCUUUAGAACAGAUAAUUCUGACUGGAAAGUCUGACAACAUCGUCCAGAACACGAUAUAUGCUCUCAACAAUGCAGGUCGCAGCAAUCCUGUGGAAAAAGACAGAACAGUUGCGGGUCUUCUCCAAGAUGUCUUGAAAGCCAGCAGUACCUCGCAUGUGGAGGCUGUCCCUACCUUUAAGAAGAGCUGCCAAUUACCCGGGUCUCUUCAGUCUGCAAUGCAUGGUGUGUUGACAGUCCCAGGCUAUGUAGACAGUGUACGAACUACCAUAAGGGCAGGGGGCUGCAACGCCUCUAGAUCUGGCUUCAUCGGGGCUUGUCGGGCAGCUCAGGAGGGAUUUGAUGCCAUCCCAGAGAGCUGGAGACAACGAACAAAACGCUAUGAAGAGGUCUUAGCUCUCGCUUUGGCUUUGGUGAAAUUACAAGAGUAAUUAUGAAUAAAAACUGAUGGAAAUGUCAGAAUGCAGAAGUUGUUUCAAAGAAGGUUUUGCACUCAUAUGACAUCUGCAGUUGUGAGCAUCAUAAUAAUUUAACCUCUCAGAAAGAACAUUUGGACAUUUUUGGACAUCUCUUUCUUAAAUUCUAUUCACAAAGUGUUCAGCAGUCAUUGAUGUGUAGAGAGGCCUUGCAUGAGGACUGACUGUAGUACAAGUAUAGUUGGGGGUUUUUUUUUAUUUGUUGUCAAUCGUGGAAGCUCUGAAGUCCCUUGCUAGAAACUUAAUCGAUCUAGAUGUUUUGUUGCUUAGUCUUUCACUUUCAAUGAUGCGUCAUAUCUUCCAUUGCUUCUUGGAUUUUUGUACCCAUUUUAUUUUUAUUAUUUCAAUAGAAAGCUUUUCAGUUGUUGAAAGUCUGAUCUUUGUUGUUAGAAAAGAUGCGUCCAUCUCAGAUUCUUUGGAACACGCAUUGUUGUUGUCUGAUUUAUGUGUGUUGUCAAGCCCUUGUAUAUAUAUUUAUACAGAAGUUUGAAAGAAGAAUUUUUAAAGUUUGUAUAUGAUUCUUUCAACCAUAAAUUUGGUUAAAUAUAACAAACUCAUGACUAGUCCCUGGAAAAAUUAACAACAAUGUACCUUAGCCCCUCUGCAUAAAGAAACAUGCUUUAGUAUUAGUAUUUGUCUGUGAUGUUGUGGAUUAUGAUUAUCUAGUUUGAAAGCCUUGUGUAAUUUAGCUAGAUAACACGACAGACUCUUUAAUACCUUGGAAGUGUUAUAACAGGACUAAAACAGAAAGCAGGACCACUGAUGUAUGUGGACAUUUUCAUAUCUCAAUCUCAUCAAUUUUCAAACUUGAACUGCCUUGUCUUCUCAGAGAAUAUUUAGGUUGAAGCAGGUGUUCUAAUGUGUACUAGUCAAAUAUCUCCCUUUAAGUUUAUUCUUGUUGAAUUGACCAAACAUUACAUGUACCAAUUAGCAGAGAGAUACAAUGUACAAGGUUACUGGCUAUGAAACUGAUUUUUCCUCUCCACUUGCAAUUCAUGCUGUUUAUGAAAUGUCGAUUUUAUGUGAAUAAAAAAUAAAUCAGAAACAUUAAUAA